CGGACCAAGACCACCAUUGAAGAUGGAGACAACCUUGAGUUUCCCUCUGGCUUAUUCAAAGAUAUUCAUUAUGUAACCCCUCCAGGGUCCAGAUGCUUUAAAGUACAUAUAGCCAAGCCUUACAAACAUCCUACACCACUCCCUAAUAUCAAUAGCUAAAAUCACGUGCCACCAUGCCUCCCCUCCCCGGCUUCUCAGACAACCCCCUCCUCACCCACAGCGACCUCACCACAGCAGUCUACUCCCUCCUCAACCCCCUAACAAAACACCAAUCCCCAAACGGGGCACGCAUCCGCCUCCCCAUCAGCACAGCCACCCAUUUCGACGAAACCGCCGCCCAACUCGAAGGCUUCGCCCGCCCUCUCUGGGCCAUCGGCGCCUUACUCGCUUACCAGUCUCCAGGCGAGAAGAUUGAUCCAAGAUUAGAAGGAUGGAUCAAAGGAUUUGCAGUGGGAUGUGAUCCGUCGGAUGGGAAUGAGGAGUAUUGGGGCGAUGUCCAGGACAUGGACCAGCGGAUGGUGGAGGUUGAGAUUCUCGCUUACGCACUGCUCGCUGCUCCAGUUGCAUUUCUGGGGCCUGAAGGGUCAAAGGAUCCGUUUGAUGUUAAGCGUCGGGCGGAUAUCACGCGGUAUUUGCAGUCUGUUAAUGGUAAGAGAUUCCCGCAAACGAACUGGCUGUGGUUUCGUGUGAUGGCGAAUUUGGCGCUGGUGAAGAGUUGUGGGGUGCCGUAUGAGGAGGUGAAGGGGAGUAUGGAUGCGGAUUUGAAGGUUUUGGAUGGGUUUUAUGUUGGGGAGGGGUGGGCUAGUGAUGGGGUUUGGGUGGGGGAGGGGAAGGAGGAGGGUGGGAGGCAGAUGGAUUAUUAUAGUGGGAGUUUUGCGAUUCAGUUUAGUCAGUUGUGUUAUGUGAAAUAUGCGAGAGAUCUGGAUCCUGAGAGAGUAGAGAUUUUUGAGAAGAGGGCGAGGGAUUUCGCGGUGGCAUUUUGGAGGUAUUUUGAUGCUGAGGGAGCUUCAAUACCUUUCGGCAGAAGUCUCACCUACCGCUUCGCCAUGGGCGGAUUCUGGGCCGCCGUCACCAUGGCCGAAGUUUCCCUACCCGCGCCCCUAACACCCGGCGUCGUCAAAGGUCUUCUCCUCCGUCAUCUUCGCUACUGGGCCUCCAAGCCCGACAUCUUCUACGCAGAUGGAACUCUCAACAUCGGAUUCUGCUAUCCCAACAUGUACAUGAGUGAAGAUUACAAUUCCCCUCAAAGUCCCUACUGGUGCAUGAAAACAUUUUGCAUGCUGGCUUUACCUGCUUCUCAUGAGUUCUGGAAGAUAAAGGAAGAGCCACUGCCAAGUUCAACUGCGAAGGGUGGAAUUGAAGUUGCGCUUUUGGAACAGCCACAGCAGAUUCUUGUUGAUUCGGGGAAUCAUCACUUUCUGCUCUCGUCGGGUCAGUACUGUGCCUGGCCACUCAAAGCAACAGAAGCGAAAUACGCUAAAUUCGCAUACUCCUCCUCUUUCGGUUUCAGCGUUCCAACUGGUCCGUUGAUCCAGCAGAUUUCGCUGGACAGUACGCUUGCGCUGAGUGAAGAUGGUGGAGAAUCGUGGAGGGUAAGGUGGAAGAGUGAGCAGACGAGGAUUGAGUCUGUAGACUUUCUAGGCCUAAGCAAGGGUCAGAAUGAGAAAAUCCCUGUCUUACUCAGUCGGUGGAAAUCAAGCCGUGCAUCGGGGUUACAGGUUAAGACGACUUUGAUUCCUCCGACAAGGAGGUGGCCGGACUGGCACAUUCGUGUGCAUGAGAUUGUGGUUAAGAAAAGCUCGGAGGUUGGAGUAUUGACUGUUGAAGGAGGGUUUGCGAUUUAUGGAAGGAAGAGAAAAGAUGGACUUGCGCUGCUACCGCUUAAUUGGCAAACAGACAACAUUCCACCCAACGAAAUCUCGUCAGAAGGUAUUAACGACUCUGUAUCUUCAGCACUGGUCGUAUCGUCCGCCGGAGCAAGUGGAAUUCGAAAUCUCGCAUACUCGUCAACUGCCGGUAAACUCGAAAUCAACGGCGAGGUGCUGAAGCCGGAUGCAAACACAAAUCUAAUGGUGUCGCGGACAUUGAUUCCUACACUUAAAGCCUCGAUCAUGCCAGAGGAAGCGGGUACUGAGUUCUUGAUUAAGCUUGUUACGGCAGUUUUUGCUGUGGGCGCAGGGAAGCUGGAUGCUGGUGAGAUCCACAGGAGAUGGGAGGAUGCGCCGAAGGUUGGGAAUCGAGAAGACGCUGGGAAAGACGGGGAUUUGAUUUUGCUAUGAGACGGAGUAGAGCUUAGAUCAUCAUGUCAUUCUCGCCGUUAGAUAAUAUGGCAUGAGAGGGACUUAAGAACCUUUUGUUUAUAACAUUUUCAUAGUAAGAUCACUAUGCUUACGGUACAAUCCGCAAGAUGGUUGCAUAUUGCGAUUUCUUC